AUGAAUGGUGAGGAACUUGCCAGAGAACUUAUCACUGUUUUGUCUAUCAAACUAAGUUUGGAAUCUCACCAGUUGUUAGCAGUGAUGCGAGACAGAGCUAGUGUGAAUGGCGCUGCAUUAAACAUUGUCAAAAUUAUGUAUCCUAACCUGCUUGAUGUUGGUUGCCUUAGUCACAUGCUUAACCUUGUUGGAGAAAGAUUCAAAACUCCUACUUUGAGCCUUUUCAUUGCUCACUGGAUUGCUUUGUUUAGUCACAGUUAUAAAGUCAAAGCAUUAUGGAAAGAAGCAACAGGACGAGCUAUGGCAUCAUAUUCUAAAACUCGUUGGUGGAGUAGAUGGGAGCUAAUGAAUCAGGUAAUGGUCCAGUUUGCUUUUAUUGAGCCUUUCCUUCAAAAUAAUGAAGAUAUUGGCCCAGCUACACGAGCAAAACUGCUGGAAAUCCUAAGCCACCCCCCAUCAAUGCUUUUACUGAAGGUAGAGUUAGCUGCUGUGAUUGACUUAGGUGAACAUUUUGUGAAAGGAACUUACAGAUUAGAAGGAGAUGGGGUACCUUGUGCUAAGUUGUUAUGA